AUGCAUGAUUUGGACCCAGAAAUAAUACUUAGACUGGCCAAUGAACAUGCUCAAACCUGCGAGAAUGCCCUUAGAUGUAAUGAAUGUCAAGAAGUCAUUAAUUACAACGAACAAUAUAAAUCUGAAACUCUAGAUACUGAAAAAAAAAAUUACCAUUUACAUUGUUUCGAAGAAUUAAUGGUAGAAAGAAACAGAAAACAAGAAACUGCUAAAAUGCUUAAAUGCACUGGUGGCUGCGGCAAAGAAGAAUUAGGCGAAAUAAAAGAAGGAAAUACACUUAUCAGACGCUUUAGUUUUACUUGCGAAUUAAAAACUUUAAUUGGUAAAGACAUAAUCCCCUUAGAACACGCCGAAAAAGAUAUUUAUUGCGAAAGUUGUUUUGCUAAGAAAGAUGAAAAACCUACUUCUCAAUUAAUGUCUCGCUCCUCCUCCUGCUCUCUUUCUCCACUUUCCCCUUGCUCUCGCAAGAGGUUAGAAGCAGAAUUAUUAACAUUAAGACUAGAAAAUAUUGAUCUAAAAACUAGAAUAGAAAGAUUAGAAGGCAACUAUGAAAAAAUAUUAGAUAAACUGUCUAUCGAUGUUGAUAAUGACAGCCAAAAAGUGGCAGAAAACAGACAGGAUUAUUAUUAUAAUUUUCCUUCGCCUUAUCAAACUAUCCCAAUUGAAGGAUUUUCAGGUCUAGAAAGUUGGGGCAAUAAUCUACCCGAUGCUUUCAGUUCUUCCUGCAACAUUUCUCAAAUUAACGAAGAAAGUGAAAAGGUCUUUGAGUCAAUAACUAAAAGACAAAAAGAGGCUGAAAUGGAAACUAAACUUCAUUCCCAAGUUAUUAGAGACAUCUAUGAACAAUCAGAAAGAGAAUGA